CGACAGGCUAAAAAACGACUAUAAAUAGAGCAGAAGACUCAACGAGCAUGCGUAAUUUCUCUCCUUAGAUCUAAGGGAGAACCGGCAGCUUGGUUAGAUCUAAGGGAGAAACGAUUCUACAUUCUUUUUUAGAGUUUGAAUUUAAAGUGUUUGUCUUGAGACCCGGGUGUAAAUUUGAAGGGUUUCGUUAGAAUUCUUCUCGCAUUUGCAGAAAUACGCAAAGAGAAAUUAUGAUGAAUUUAUUUUCUCGUUAGGGUUUCGAAUCGUGCAAAGAAAGAAACACAAAUUGUGUCAUGAUGGCUGCUGGUUACUUUUUAGGGUUUUGAGUCUUGAAAAGAACCACGAAUUAUGUGAUGAUGACCGCAAAUUGUAUUUCAAUGCCGGCCAUGGCUGAUCGAGUGGCAGGACAAUCGUAUUAUGUUCCGCCAUUGAUAAGCAAUCCCAUGACGGAAACUAACGGGGCUUCGUACUCAGAAUAUUAUCCUCAGUUCACAUAUCAGAUUGCAAACAGAGGCGCAAGAGAGGUAAAUGCAACUAAGGAAGGUUCUAUGGGCUUGAAUGCUAUUAUUAAUAGAAGACAAACUGAUAUAGAACGUUAUGGAGAUUCAUUUGAGGUCAGAAAAAAACAGAAAAUGUUAAAUGGUCAGGGUCAGUCUUCUACUAUUGACACAGCAGGUGUGGGAGAUGGUACUACAUACACAAAUAAUCACCAUGAAAGCAAGCAAUAUCCCACAAGUGCACAUUGGGUUCCAUACAAAUGUGAUACAUCUGGAACAACAGAUGUGAACUCCUUGCAGGAUUCAAAAAGUACAUUUGAAAGUGCUGGAUGUACCGGACCAGAAGUUUAUUCAAAUGAAGAAGAUAGUAAUAAGAAAGACGCACAGUUGGUGACUUCAAGGGGCUGGAUGUAUGUUAAUGAUCGAGGACAGAUGUGUGGACCCUAUACGAAAGAGCAGCUAUUCGAAGGCCUUUCAACUCAUUUUCUUCCUGCAGAACUUCCUGUUUACAUAGUUUUGGAUGGAGUACUUGGUGAAAGUGUACAAUUGAAGUCCCUAUUUCAUUCAGAUUUUGAAAUUGGAAGAACAAUAGGCUGGAGCACAGAUGCAGUUCAGGGUGUUCAUUUCCAAAAUUCAUCUAUACUGUCAACUGCUUCAUGUAGUGAAACCAUUAAGUCUACGAAGUUGAUAGGGGAUGUAUUGCAUGGCAAUUAUUUUUCUCAAACUGCUCCAUCAGAAAUUAAAUCACAGACAGAUAUAACUGCUUUUGCUAGCCAUGAAUUGUUAACUGCAUCAUAUAGCGAAGCCAUAAAGUCUACCAAGUUGGUGGGGGAUGAAUUGCACAGCAAUUAUUUUUCUCAAACUGCUCCAUUAGAAACUAAAUCACAGACAAAUACAACUGCUUUUGCUAGCCACAAAUCUUAUACCAAUCCACAGGAAGGCUUUGAUGUAGAACGUAGUCAUGACUUUUCAUUGGUGACCCUAAUGCAAGAGAAGCAGCAGUACAUGCAAGAUGCAACUAAAGAAGAAAAUACAAGUUUUAUUCAGGUUUGUUCUUUUGAUGAACCAUGCUGGGAAGUUAAAGACAUGGAUGGAAAAUUGAAUGGGCCAUUUACUAUUUCACAACUUUCGAAUCAGCACUGCAUGGGCUAUGUUUCAGGAUUAUUAGAGGUUCAUCAUACUAGCAAGAAGUUUGGCCCAUGCACUCUUGAGCAUCUCCUUAUGACUCAAAAGAAUGGCAGAGUGGCCUCUUCUGGGCUGGAUAAUGCAAAUGAUAACUGUGAUUCCAUAAAGAAGGUUUUAGCCGAGAUUGUUGAAAAUGUUUGUUCAGAGUUACAUUCUCGUACCAUGAAGAAGGCCCGUACAUUUGUUUUAGAUGAACCAAUCAGUGGUUGUGUGGAAGGAUUUUUGAAUUCCAAGAAAAACUUGCACCAGGAGAACCUUAAAAAAGGUAGUCAAAGACAAGCUAUUAAGGAACAGCCCGCAGACAGGCAGUCAAUGGUUGGCACAGGGGAUUUGUCUGUUCUGCUUCCUUUUGAGCAAAUUGCCAGUGCAGACCUGUAUAGUAGGAGCUGCAGUAGACUUGAAAGUAGUAGGGAAACUUCUCAAAUGAUAAGGACAUCUGUAAUUAAUGAUAAGGAAUUGCUUUCGACAACACAUAAGCAUUUACAUUCAGCUUGUAUGAAAGUUCUUUGGCGGGAGCUCUUUACUGAGCCUUUCAAAGACUAUGUUGGGAGGUGGACUAGGACAAAGAGGUCAGCAGGCUUUUCACAAUUAGCAAAUAUUACUGCUAGUCAUGUGUCUAUAUCUGCUCAUCAGGCCGAAUCACAACAAUCUUCUGACUUAGAGAUGGACUACCCCCCUGGGUUUGGGCCCUGUUCUUCAAACUGUAGGCGUGAUGUGAGACAAAAUUAUUGUCCAGAUAGCAUAAGAGAAGGUCAGGAUGAUUCACUUUUGGCUAAGUCAGACUACCCCCCCGGGUUUGGGCCCUGUUCUUCAAACUGUAGGCAGGAUGUGAAACAGAAUUAUAGUGCAGAUAGCAUAAGAGGAGGUCAUGACGAUUCACUUUUGCCUCUCCAAAAGAACAGUUCACACAACUCCAAGAGGGUGAACGGGCAAAACAACUUGGGCUUACACAGAAAUCUGUGCAAAGAAGUACAGAAGGCUGUCAAAAAAGAAAUGCAUUCGAUAGCACUGAAAUCAAUUUCAAGUCAUCUUGGAGAUAUUGUAGCCAUUGAACUGAAAAAAUGGGUCAUUUCUCACAGGAAAGGUGUAGAGAUUAAGGUUGAGAGCAGCUCAAAACGUGUAGACGAUAAGGCUUCUGAAGUUUGUAUAUUGUCUUCCAAAGAGGCUAACACAGCUAUUACUUCAGCUGAUUUGGGAACAGGUAAAACUUGUAUGGUUGAACCUGCUAUAUGCAGUCUUAGGGACGUAGCAGGAAAAUCAAAGAUACGUAGUACUUGUAAGCAGGAUAGAGAUAACAUUUAUCAUUGUAGAUUGGAGGGAAGUUCCAGACAUUCAAAGGGCACUAAUAUUUGCAAGUCCACUUCUGAAAGAUCUCAUUUAUGGGAAAACAAUAAGUAUAAGGAGCCACCUCCACCUGGACUUGAAGAGGGGCUGAAGCCAGUUGAAUAUCGUGAUAGAGAUGGAUAUCACCUGGUAAAGCCAUCUAGAGACUUGUCAAAAAUGGAUGAGUAUGUUGCUCGGACUCUUUUCCGACAGGAGUUGCAUAAGGCUGUAGUCAAAGCAUCGCGUGCAGCUAUUCUUGAUGAUGCUAUUCAUGAAUAUUUAGGAACUUGGCUUGCAUCCAAAAAACAAAAAUCUAUUCAGCUGCUGAAUGCCACAUCUGGUAUUGAGAGUGGCAGGGCAUCUCAGGAAUCAAGCAGUCAAGAUUCAAGUUCUAACAUCAGGAUGGAACGGACACAUGCUUAUUUGAAGCUAGAUACAAUGUUGUGUCAAGAAAAGCCAGAGCAAUGCCUGCAAACAAGAAUUCCGUUUGAAUCUCACGCGGUAGUUAGUAUGAAAUCAAGUAUAAUAAGUGAUGAAACAACUCAAAAGAGAUCAUGGGGUGUAUCAAUUGACAAUAAGUCUUCUGUGGUUAAAAACAGAAGUGGACUAUUAAAUCAGUACCCAGUGAAACAAAAAAGACAAGGAGACAAAUUACAACCAUCUAUGCAUCAUUUGCAGGCCAAUGUCUCUACAAAUUCCAGUUGUACUGGGAGUUCUGUGGGCUGCAGCUCUCCAGAUAGUUUUACAGACAAAGUGCACAGUGUUAAUACCAAGGAACAAAGAACGGAUGCCAAAAAAUCUGUGAAAUGUAGGGAUAAUGUGAAAUGUUUUGCUGAGAAACCACUUAAAAAGGUUCUGAAUCCUCAUAAGUCACGCACCAUCUCUAUGGAUCUCUUAUUAUCUAAGGCACAAUAUAGCUCUUUGGAAAAGUUGGGAGGUGAUGGUAUAAAUGGGAUAAAUGGGAUAAAUGGUAGUGGAAAUAUUAACCGUUGCAUUCCUAGUGUAAUGUAUUCUAAGGAGGCUAACACACAGAAUGUAGCUAUUGGAAGUUCAUCUUUACAAGUGUCAAGCUUUAAAAGAAGAAGUUUGAAAAAGAAAUCUGUAGCAGAAUUGGCAGAGAAAUCUAUCAAUUGUGAUGACAAUUGGAAUGCCCCUUUUCUCACUGGUGUAAGCAAGGAUUUGCCUAAACGGUUGAGAAAAAAGAAAGAGAUAUCUCUGAAGGUUAAUGUUAAAUUUAAAUUCCCUAUGUCAGAUGGUUGUGCCCGUUCUUCUAUCAGUGGAUGGGCAUGGCACAAAUGGUCUCACAAUGCUUCUCCUGCUGAGAGAGCGCUGGUGAGAGGUUUUCAAGCUUUUGAUAUCAAUCAGUCUGGUGGUUCACAAGACAAGCCUUCAAAAUUGGUGAAUAAGAGUCAGUCAGCCCGAACAAAUAGAGCAAAGCUUCGGAAUCUAGCUGCUGCUGCAGAGGGUGCCGAGCUGCUCAAAAUUACUCAGUUGAAGGCCCGAAAAAAGCGGCUGAAGUUUCAGCGAAGCAAGAUACAUGACUGGGGCUUGGUUGCUCUGGAGCCUAUUGAGGCAGAUGACUUUGUGAUUGAAUAUGUUGGGGAGCUGAUUCGACCUAAGGUAUCUGAUAUUCGAGAGAAGAACUAUGAGAAAAUGGGUAUUGGCAGUAGCUAUCUGUUCCGAAUAGAUAAUGAAUAUGUGGUUGAUGCAACUAAGCGAGGUGGGUUAGCAAGAUUUAUAAAUCAUUCAUGUGAGCCAAACUGCUACACUAAAAUUAUAACUGUGGAGGGCCAUAAGAAAAUAUUCAUUUAUGCAAAAAGGCUUAUAUCUGCAGGCGAAGAGCUAACGUAUAAUUAUAAAUUUCCACUUGAAGAGAAGAAGAUUCCUUGCAGUUGUGGCUCAAAAAGGUGUCGCGGAUCACUAAACUAAGAUCACAUGUAAUGCUAUAAGGUUAUUGUUGAAUUGAUACAUGACACAGAUCUAUUGAUGGUUGCUUGCACUUCCUAAACAGGAAAGGAAAGGUCUACACAUAUUUUCACAGGUGAAAGAUGUGGAAAGCGUGUCCCGUACGCAUUACAGAAAUUGCUCCCUGGAAUGCUUCCUUCUCUGUAUGGUGGCUUUUUCAACAGUGAGACAAGUGACAGAUGCUUGUAAUGCAAGGGAUUUGAUAUCAAGAAUACAAAAAUGUUCAUGUGCUUCGUAUUUACGUGCAUUGAUGCACAUGACGAACUCAGAUUCCAUGUUGCUACUUGGUGUCAGGUGUGAGUGGAAUCAACCAUCGAGCUUUAUUUGAUGAUUGGGUUGAGUUUUACCAGGUUAGAUUGCCCAUGGUGAUAUUCUUGUCAGCAAUGUUAGGAUACUUGAUAUAUAAGAUGAGCUUGCUAAAUAAAGAAAUAAUUCAUUGUAAGGUUGGGUGGCCCAAUAUGUUAAGGAUUAUUCAACUUGGGAGGGCAUGGAAGAUAUAGUAUUGGAUUCCACACUCUUGGUAAGGAUAAUAGGAAUGAUGCACAAUUUAGGGGGGUGAUCUAAUUAAAGCGCAGAGGAAGAUUCACUUUUAAAGGACAACAUCACAGAGGACCCACACGCUUGCACUCUAGAACACGGUUUGGUAUAUUUGUUGAUGCAUCAUUUGUUUUAUAAAUUAAAAGUUAUAUUUAUGUAUUGAAAAUGAUGAGAUUAAUUGCUUUGUUUUAGUUCCUUUUUAAAGAUUUAAAGAGUUUAUCUCAUUUGAUUUAAAGAAAAUUGUUAGGUUG